AUGGCUCCUGUAAAAUGCCUGGAUAUUGCAGCAGAUAACGCCUGUCUGUCUGAGCCGUGUCUGAACGGAGGCAGUUGUGUGGAGUCCAGUCAGGGCUUUGAGUGUCAGUGUGCGCCGGGCUGGACCGGGCCGUCCUGCAACAUCAAUGAAGAUGACUGCAGUCCGAACCCGUGCAAUCACAGCGGCGUGUGCGUGGACCUGGCGGACGGUUUUAAAUGCAUCUGCCCUGCGCAGUGGACCGGCAAGACCUGUCUCAUUGAUGCUAAUGAAUGCAAGGAAAGCCCGUGCGUCAAUGCCCACUCCUGCCGGAAUCUGAUUGGCGGAUACUUUUGCGAGUGCCUCACUGGUUGGACGGGCCAGAAUUGCGACAUCAGUAAGUAUGUGUUUUGCCGCCCUGUCCUAAUGUGUCUCUCCCUCUGUCUGUCUGUCUGUCAGGAUCUGGUCGGUGGAUAUCGAUGUGUGUGCGCAGCAGGCUUUGCAGGUGAACAUUGUGAGCGAGACGUGGAUGAGUGCGCCAGUCGACCCUGUCUCAACGGCGGACGCUGCCAGGACGCGCUCAAUGCAUUCCAGUGUUUGUGUCCACCUGCUUUCUCAGGUGUCACAUGUCAGCUGGACAUAGACUACUGUGAGAGCGGCCCAUGUCAGAAUGGAGCACAGUGCUUUAGCUUGGCCUCAGAUUACUACUGUAAAUGUCCAGAAGAUUACGAAGGCAAAAACUGCUCCCAACUUAAAGACCACUGCCUCGUCACACCAUGUCAAGUGAUUGACAGCUGCACGGUUGCCGUGGCGUCUAACAGCACUCCGGGCGGCAUGCGGCUCAUCUCCUCUAACGUUUGUGGUCCUCACGGCCGCUGUCGAAGUCACGCCGGAGGGCACUUCAGCUGCGAGUGUCAGGAAGGAUUCACCGGCACAUACUGCCAUGAGAACAUCAAUGACUGUGAAAGUAGUCCCUGUCGUAACGGCGGUACUUGCAUUGAUAAAAUCAAUGCGUACCAGUGUAUCUGUGCUGAUGGGUGGGAGGGACACAACUGUGAGAGCAACAUUGACGACUGCAGUAUGAACCCCUGUCGGGACAGAGGAGUGUGUCGUGAUCUGGUCAAUGACUUUUACUGCGAGUGUGAAAACGGCUGGAAGGGAAAGACUUGUCACUCACGCGAAAGCCAAUGUGACGAGGCUACUUGUAACAACGGGGGCACGUGUUCUGACGAAGGCGACUCAUUUAAGUGCAUGUGUGCUCCUGGAUGGGAAGGAGCUACCUGUAAUAUAGCAAAGAACAGCAGCUGCCUGCCGAACCCCUGCGAGAACGGAGCCACGUGUGUCGUGACAGGUGACAGCUUCACCUGUGUCUGCAAAGAAGGCUGGGAGGGGCUCACCUGCAGCCAGAAUUCCAAUGAUUGCAACCCACAACCAUGCUAUAACAGCGGGACGUGUGUGGACGGUGAUAACUGGUACCGCUGUGAGUGUGCCAGUGGAUUCGCAGGGCCCGACUGUCGCAUCAACAUCAAUGAGUGCCAGUCAUCUCCCUGUGCGUUCGGUUCCACGUGUGUCGAUGAAAUUAACGGCUACCGCUGCCUGUGUCCACCCGGCAGAACCGGACCCAGAUGUCAGGAAGUCACCGGACGUCUGUGUGUGGUCGGAGGUGGGAUUGCUGUAGAUGGAGCAAAGUGGGCUGAAGACUGUAACACCUGUUACUGUCACAGGGGGAUUGUCAGCUGCACUAAGCUGUGGUGUGGCCCUAAACCUUGCCGGAUGCUUGGUUCAGGACGAGGCGACUGUCCUCUGGGUCAGUUGUGUGUGCCGGUGCGAGACGAGCAGUGUUUCGUGAAGCCCUGCUCAUCACAGGGCGAGUGCUGGUCUGCUCACCGGCCGGCCGUGAGGGCCCGCUGUCACCCCGAGAGCGACUGCACCAACAUCACCUUCACCUUUAACAAGGACACCAUGCCACAGGGAGUGACGGUGGAGCAGGUGUGUCGUGAGCUGAGGCAUCUGUAUGUGGCAAAGAAUGUUUCGGCUGAGUUUUCCAUCUCUAUGAGCUGUGAACUCUCUUCUGCCACCAAUGAGAUCCAUGUGGCCAUCCAUGUGACUGAGGAUGGCAUUCACGGCCGGGUUCCUGUCAAAGAGAUCACAGAGAGCAUCAUCGAUCUGGUGAGCAAACACAGCGCGAACAGCUCCAUCAUCGGCUCCAUCGCUGAGGUCCGUGUGCAGCGCAGACAACCACAGAACCCCAACGUAGACUACUUGAUGCCACUGCUGGUUUCCAUAGUGACGGCGAUCUGGGUUUUGGCAUUGGCGUGGGUGUUCCUGUGGUGCGUGCGCCAUCGACGCAAACAAAGCUCCAGCCCCACCACCAUCAACCCCGCCACCCCCUACUCCACGGGAAACGCAGAAGACAACACGGUGAACAACGCCCGCGAGCAGCUCAACCACAUCAAGAACCACAUCGAGAAGAACGCGUCCAAUGGCAGCCUGCCAGGAAAAGAGCUCCACUGCGACGACAAGAACAGCGUCAACGCCAAAAUCAGGACGGGUUUCUCCGAAUCCGCCAGACUAGCGCAGGAGGACUCCAACAAGCGUCUGCAGAAGGCGUGCUUUCCACGCCAGUCGGCCUACAUGCUGGUGGACAGGGACGACAGGCUGAGCGCCAACGGCACAGACGUAAAAAAUCCACACUGGACUAAUAAACGAGACAACAGAGACCUGGAGUCACAGCACAGAGCUCCGGAUUCACAGCAAAGAGAUCUGGACGCACAACAAAGCUUGCACAAAAUAGAGUAUAUCGUAUAGCAGCCGAUGCUCGGCAUGGUAACAGUCGUUGCUACAUGAUGUCACAAAAGGUCAAGCGAAAGAAGACAUCCUUUGGAAUCAGAACGCUUAUUGUUGACUGUCACG